AACACAUUUUAGGAAAGUUUGAUAGGCAAACUGGAGAGAGACCAUAGGAAAGCAGGAAGAACAAGAGGUUUAGAAAACAUGGCCUGCAUGUGAAGUUUGAAGGAAUUGGAUUUGUUUAUUAGAUCAGGAGAGAGAGAAAACUGAAGCAGACGUAAAUAUUCCGAUAGGUCCAGAUCAAGAAGGCAUUCUCAUAGACGUUACACUCGCUCCAGGUCCCACUCCCAUUCCCAUAGGAGACGAUCUCGAAGCAGAUCAUACACACCAGAAUAUCGUCGUCGAAGGAGCCGCAGUCAUUCUCCAAUGUCUAACCGAAGGAGGCAUACUGGCAGCAGAGCUAAUCCAGACCCUAACACAUGCCUUGGAGUGUUUGGUCUCAGUUUGUAUACCACAGAAAGAGAUCUACGUGAAGUCUUUUCCCGCUAUGGACCUUUGACUGGUGUCAACGUCGUUUAUGAUCAGCGGACUGGUCGAUCACGGGGAUUUGCUUUUGUUUAUUUUGAAAGAAUAGAUGAUUCUAAAGAGGUUUCAGGAAGGAACACCUGCCCAUCGUAUCAAACUUCCAUCUUCCUUCCUGAGCGAUGGAACACGCGAACGGCAUGGAGCUGGAUGGCCGCAGAAUCCGCGUGGAUUACUCCAUCACCAAGCGAGCGCACACGCCCACCCCGGGGAUCUACAUGGGCAGACCCACACACAGUGGAGGUGGCGGUGGUGGAGGAGCAGGUCGGCGUCGCGAUUCCUACUAUGACAGAGGGUACGACAGAGGAUAUGAUAGAUAUGAAGAAUAUGAUUACCGGAGACGAUCACCUUCACCUUAUUAUAGCCGCUAUCGAUCGCGAUCAAGAUCCCGUUCAUAUAGCCCAAGACGCUACUGAAGACCAGAAGAGGUGCAGUUGAAGACAAGAUUUUUAAAUACCAAGUUCAGAUCUUAGCUUCCCCUUUGCCAACCUUCCCUUCCCUAUGCUCCCUUCCCUGCCCACCCAAAGCUCUCUUAAAGAUCUUUGGUUUAUUUGGAAUAUCCAUAUUUUCAGUUGAAGUAUUGCAGUUUUCCAUCCUUCUGAAAAUGUAAUUGUUGUAGUUUUGUGUAGUUAAACAUCUUAAGCAAAACUAAAUAGGAAACCCAAAGUAUUGAUACAUUUUGUAAGUCAUUCUGGUUUUGUUUUUAAAACAAUUGGACUCCUGCCUAAUCAAAUAAGAAGAGAGCAAUGAUAUGUUUAGAGCUUGCAUGUCAUAUGUAGUAUACACAUUCAGAUGCUUUAAUAUAAACCUGUUUCCACAUAACUUGUUAAAUCUUUGUGUUGAAAUGUUUACCUGUUACUUUUGAAAAAUACAUUACAGCUUUGAACUUUUUCUGUAAAAACAGGUUUCUUUUAGUCAUGAACCAGAGGAUUUCUUGUCAAAUAGUCGCUUUGAGUGUAAAAUAUUAAAACUGUAGAGAAAACUUUGGUUUAAUUUCUUUGGGAUAAGAAACAGAUUCUUGUAUGCUGAAAAUUCUGGCAGUGUUUUUAAAGAUUUAAACUGCUACAACAGUGAACCCCAUUUAGAGUUAAAAUUAUUGCAAAUCUGUUUUUUAAUUUUUUUAAUUGUAUUCAGUUUAAUGUUUUCCCCCAAAAUCAGUACAGGAAAAAAAAUAUUUAUUGAACGUAGCAAUUAAAUAAUUUGCUGUUAAAAAAAAAAAUCCUUUUGGUAUUGCAAUGAUCAGGCAAGUUCUAGUUUCCAAUCUUUUUGGAGUUAGCAGUAUGGAUGGAAACAUUACAGUUACAUAAGCCUCUUCUUCCUCAAUAAAAGUUAAUUCCACCCA